GCCAGCAAUUCGCAGAAAUCAGCUGUUAUUAAUCAGUCCAUAUGAAGUGAAUAUUACUGUUAGGAAUUUAAAGAUUUCAAGUUUACCUCAAGAUAUAGGUUCACCUUGAUUAACUUUUAUUGUGACUAGAAUAUGAGUGUUCGCGUUAGCAUACUGGCUGUUCUUUCACUACAUGUAUGUAAAAUCAAUGGAGGACGCCACGUAAACGAUUGGCCACACUCAUGUCAAGCCAACUUUAGAAUAGGACCCCAAAGAUGUGAACCAUGUGAGUCUGGUAGUUAUGGCCGUAACUGUUCAGAACCGUGUCCCUAUGGUACAUACGGUCAGGGAUGUUACCAUGUUUGUGAUUGUUCUGAUGAACAAUUCUGUGAUCCUGUAGUAGGUUGUACCAACAACAGUAGGACUGUAGAUAUAACAACAGCGUUUGAAGUAACACAUUCGUCUGUAGUUACCCUUUCUUCUUCUUCAAAUACUGCCAAUCAACACAACACACACACGGAGUCCGGGGUUACUCCCCUACAGAGCCUCACCACGUCUCUGAUUGUGUCCAUUAUGACCGUCAUCGUCUUCAGCACGAUAUGUGCCUGUAUUAUUAUCAGAGUAAGCAAACGGUUUUACAAGCGUGAAUAUCGAAAACUACAAAAUCUUUGGCAAUCCAACGAGUCGACAGCUGGGGAUUCAAACAUAUACUCUGUGUACGAUUACACUGGCUCCUUUGUCGCUCCGAGCAGUACUCUCCCACCGAUACUUGAUAACAACAUGUACGACCAGUCGGACCAGUCCAACACAGUCACCUACAAUAUUCUCUCCCUCAGGAAUUUCCCAUCGACAAUAAAUGACUAUGACGAAGACUGUAAUUCAGUCAUGCUACCGCCUCGUUCAAAGUUCAGUGGUUGUGAAAAUGAAAAAAGAGAGUCUGACUUCGAUAUAGAGCCAGAGUGCCUAUUGAAUCUGUUCAAAAAGGAGGAGGGCGAUAAGGCACCUUGUCGCUCGUCUAAUCCGGAUAUUAUGCAAUCCGAACUCGAUGGGGAAAAAGGAUCGUAUCAUAGUACGAGUUUUUAGUUAAUAAUGGUUAUUGUAUGUACGUGUCCUUUGGUUUUUUUGUUUUUUGGGGAAAUUGGACGGUUUUAUUCUGCUGAAAUAUUAUAUAACAUUGACAGAUUAAAAGUGAAAUACAUGUACAUGUACAUGGCUAAAUGUUUAUUAGGUUAAAAAAAAUUGUCGGGAAAACAGGAAGAUUUGCAUCAUCAAAUUGAUAUC